UCGUGUGUUCUCCGCAGUCGUGUAAACGCGUCUGGGCUGCUUCAGGCCAGGCCCGGCUAAAGAACAGAGACGUUCUUACCCUGGCACGUGGAUAACACAGAAUUCACUGCUUGCUGAGGGUGCUUUCGAGAGGAGACUGUCUCCAUCAUGGCACUUCCCAAUGCUCUGUGCUUUUGUAGCCUCUUUGCCGGGGAGGAUCUCAGACGCUUUCACCAGCAAACUUCCCCCUGGGUGAGCACCAGCGGAGCGGACUCCUUAGACAGACUGUACCCUGCGGUGGGUGCCGCGAGGCCGCCCCGGAAACGGACCACCAGCCAGUGCAAAUCCGAACCGCCCCUGCUGCGGACGAGCAAAAGGACGAUCUACACGGCUGGGCGGCCGCCAUGGUACAACGAGCACGGGACGCAGUCCAAAGAGGCCUUUGUCAUCGGCUUGGGAGGGGGCAGUGCUUCUGGAAAGACCACCGUGGCCAGAAUGAUCAUCGAGGCCUUAGAUGUCCCCUGGGUGGUGCUGCUCUCCAUGGACUCUUUCUACAAGGUGCUCACCAAACAGCAGCAGGAGCAGGCGGCCAGCAACGACUUCAACUUCGACCACCCCGACGCCUUCGACUUUGACUUGAUCAUCUCCACCCUGAAGAAACUCAAGCAAGGCAAGAGUGUAACGAUCCCCAUCUACGACUUCACCACCCACAGCCGGAAGAAGGAAUGGAAAACUCUGUACGGCGCCAACGUGAUUAUCUUUGAAGGCAUCAUGGCUUUUGCGGACAAGGAGCUCCUGGAGCUUCUCGACAUGAAGAUAUUUGUCGACACGGACUCGGACAUCCGGCUGGUGCGCCGCCUGCGCAGGGACAUCGGCGAGCGCGGCCGGGACAUCGAGGGGGUCAUCAAGCAGUACAACAAGUUUGUCAAGCCCGCCUUCGACCAGUACAUCCAGCCCACCAUGCGGCUGGCCGACAUCGUCGUGCCCCGAGGUAGCGGGAACACGGUGGCCAUUGACCUGAUCGUCCAGCAUGUCCACAGCCAGCUGGAAGAGCGUGAACUCAGUGUCAGGGCAGCGUUGGCCUCUGCCCACCAGUGCCAUCCCCUUCCUCGGACCCUCAGCGUGCUGAAGAGUACCCCGCAAGUGCGCGGCAUGCACACCAUCAUCCGAGACAAGGAGACCAGCCGAGACGAGUUCAUUUUCUACUCCAAGAGGCUGAUGCGGCUGCUGAUUGAGCACGCGCUGUCGUUUCUGCCUUUCCGGAGCUGCACUGUGCAGACCCCUCAGGGAGAGGACUACGAAGGCAGAUCCUACAGUGGGAAGCAGAUCACAGGUGUGUCUAUCCUGAGAGCAGGCGAGACCAUGGAGCCGGCGCUCCGAGCCGUGUGCAAGGACGUCCGAAUCGGCACCAUCCUCAUCCAGACCAACAGCAACACUGGAGAGCCAGAGCUCCACUACCUGAGGUUGCCGAAGGACAUUAGUGAAGAUCACGUGAUCUUGAUGGACUGCACGGUCUCCACAGGGGCGGCGGCCAUGAUGGCCGUGAGAGUGCUGCUGGAUCACGACGUCCCUGAGGACAAAAUCUUCCUUCUCUCUCUGCUGAUGGCGGAGAUGGGCGUCCACUCGGUGGCCUACGCCUUCCCCCAGGUGAAAAUCAUCACAACAGCUGUGGACAAGAAGGUGAACAACCUUUUCCGGAUCAUCCCCGGCAUCGGGAAUUUUGGAGAUCGCUACUUCGGGACCGACGCCCCCCCUGACUGGAGCGACGACACCCUAGACACUUAGCAAACACCCCCGUCUGCCCUGGGUCAGAAGACGGGACCCCACCCUGGAGCUGAGGCAGCUUUGCCACUGCACCUUACUCUUCUGUUGUACAUUUCCAAAGAGAUUUCCCCUGGGGCAUAGAUCUUUUUUCAACUGUUGCGUUUGAAGUCUAGGGCCUAUUUUUUAAAAAGGAAGAAAUGCAAAUCCUAGCUGACUGUAUGUGCACAGGCACGUGUCCCACUUUAGAGCGGAGUUAAUUUAUUUUAAUUUAAAUAUUUGCCUAUGUAACUUAUGUGAGAUUUUAUAAUGAACAAAAUAAAGAUUUUCUCCAGUU